AUGAAAAAGUUCCUCGGAAAAGUUCAGGAUAAGUUCGACAAGCCGGCUGGUGGUCCUGCACAGGUCAGCUCGCAGGCGCCGCCGCCCACCGCCGUCGACGCUCCACCCACCAAACGCGACAUCUAUCUUCACCGAAAGCAGCGCGGUGUCAACCUCGGCUCGUGGUUCUCGCUCGAAGGCUGGCUCACCCCUUCGCUCUUCCAAAAGGCCAAGGACCCCCAAGGUAGCGAACUCGAUGUUGUCGCAGGCAUGGAACCGAAUGAGGCCAAGGCCAUGCUCGAGAACCAUUGGGACAACUUCAUCAACGAUGGUGAUCUUCAGUGGAUGGUCGAUCACGGCAUCAACACUGUCCGGAUUCCUGUCGGCUACUUUCACUUCCUCGCGGGACACCCCAACGAGCAGGUGCGAGCCUUGCUCAAGGGCACAGACUACGAGAAGCACGCCUCGGUCUACGAGGGAGCUUACGCUCGCAUUCAGCGUGCUAUCGAGUCGGCAGCCAGCCGCAACGUCGGCGUGCUCGUUGACCUCCACGGCGCUCCCGGAGGACAGAAUGCCGACGGUCAUUGCGGUGUCAGCGGUGGAAAGGCGGCUCUCUGGAGCUCGAGCAGCGACCAGCAAAAGACGGUCGACAUUCUCAGAGCCAUGGCAGCCGAAUACGCUCGUUUUGAGAACGUGGUUGGCCUCGAACUCCUCAACGAGCCCAAGAACUCGGGCAAGCUUCAGGGCUUCUACGACCAGGCCGUCGCUCAGAUUCGCUCUGUCUCGCCCGAAGCUGCCUCGCUCCCCCUCUAUCUCGGAGACGCUUGGGACACCAACCACUACACAGCCUACGUCGGACAACGCGCUGCCGGCAACAACUUUUUGGUGGUCGACUACCAUCUCUACCGCUGCUUCACCCCUCAAGAUCAUUCGAUUCGAUGCGAAGAUCACGCUCGCAAGCUGCACCCAGGCCCCUCGCCUCAUCCGACCAGCACCGAUGGAUGCGGUGAGACCGCCGGGUGGUUGCAAAGCAUGUCGCAACGAUGUGGCGGCUCGCUCAUCAUUGGUGAAUGGAGUGCUGCUCUCAACCCUUCCUCUCUCCAGCAUCUCGGUGGUGAGGAUCAGCAGCGGCCUGCCAAGGCCGAAUAUGCUUUCAACCAGUGGAAGAGCUACGACAAAUUCUGCGCCGGCUACUUUUUCUGGACGCUCAAGAAGGAGGGUGCUCCGGACAGCGGUUGGGGCUUCUACUCUGCGGUCGAGCAGGGAGUCCUGCCACAGCAUCUCGAUCCGCACCGUGGACAGCGCAAGUCCCUCCAGGAAGUCGAGGGUGCUCGCGACGGAGCGCAGCACGGCGCGCUCGAUGGUCAUGCGGGGUACUGGGAUAAGCAGAAGGGUGGACCCUACGAACACUGGCGUUUCACUGAGGGGUUCAACCUGGCUUGGUCUGACUCGCUCGAGUUCAUGAAAGCGGAUGAGUCCAAUGAGAUUGGUUUUGUGGGCCAGUGGCAGAAGGCCAGGACGGCUGCGCACACUCAGGCCAAAGGGCAAGGCAGCAAGUUUGUCUGGGAGUUCGAGCAUGGGUACCUGCAGGGUGUUUCUGCGUUCAAGUCGGCUCUGUACCGUUGA